AGUGAGUGUAAAACUCAUGUUCCACAUUCAAGCAAAAGGGCAAGACAGGAUGUGAUACUGAGUUCUGCGGAUCGCAGCCCUCGAACUGUUCUCUCUUGGCUGAUCGAAAGUAAUGUGGUUCUGCCAAGGGAAAAAGUACGUUACUUGAGUUUAAAAGACGAUUCUAUAAUUGGGGAAGGAAAAAUUAACCGCAAAGGAAUUAAGUGCAAUUGUUGCGAACAGGUUUUUGGUCUAACAAAUUUUGGACGUCAUGUUGGUAGUAAUUAUAUGCGACCAUCUGCCAGGAUUUUUUUGCAAGAUGGAAGGUCGCUAUUAGACUGCCAGAAGCAACUACAGGAAAAGAAUCUGAACUGCAUUGCAGUUGAACCUGGUAAGAGAACUAAAGGAAAUAUGGCUGACGAAAAGAAUGAUUAUAUAUGCACAAUUUGUCACUAUGGGGGGAUACUAGUGUUGUGUGAUCAAUGCCCAUCCUCAUUUCAUUUGAAUUGUCUUGGAAUAAAGGAUUUGCCGGACGGAAAAUGGUUCUGCCCAUCUUGUCAAUGUGGAUUAUGUGGCCAAGGCGAGCUUGACAGCGUCCCGGAACAGCCUGCUGAAAAGAAAGUUCUGCGCUGUGAUCAAUGCCAUCACGAAUAUCACACGGAGUGUGUUAGCAAAAGAGGGUUGGAUAAGCUGGACGUUAACCCGAAAGGCAGCUGGUUUUGCGGUAUAAAGUGUGAAAAGUUAUUUGCAAGUCUCCACAAACUUCUGGGGAAGUCAUUUCCAGUAGGUGUGGAUAAUUUAUCAUGGAGUAUUUUGAAACCUAGAAAAGAUGAUUGCCACCAAUUUGCUCCAUCUGAUAAGGAGGCUGAUACGGAGAUUCAGAGCAAGCUCAAUGUAGCACUCUCUGUAAUUCAUGAGUGUUUCGAGCCCAUUAAAGAACCAGAUACAAAGACAGAUCUUGUUGAAGAUGUUCUUUUCAACAAUACAUCAAAGCUGAACCGAUUGAACUUUUGGGGAUUUUACACUGUGCUCUUAGAGCGAGAGGAUGAGCUCAUCUCAGUUGCGACAGUUAGGAUACAUAACGAAAAGGUUGCAGAAGUGCCACUUGUUGGUACACGUUCCCAAUAUCGUAGGCAAGGGAUGUGCCGCAUUCUAUUUGAUGUUCUCGAACAGAAGCUCAAAGAAUUAGAAGUGGAUAGGCUGAUUUUACCUGCCGUUCCUCAAGUGUUACAUACAUGGACUACUUCCUUUGGUUUCUCUAAGUUGACAAGUUCUGAGAGAUUAGAACUUGUACAGUACACUUUUCUGGAUUUCCAGGAUACCACAAUGUGCCAGAAAUUCUUAAGGAUGUCACCAAUAGCGAAACCAACAGCGGAGCCAACAGCGGAGCCAACAGGGAGUCGAUCAGAACUUAUUCUUAGGUUCAAACUAAAGAAAGAAAAUAUUGAUACAGAUAGGAACACUAUCAUUCCUGCAGUAAUUCAAGCAGAACAGGUCGAACGGAGUCAAGAUGCAGAGCAACAGCAAGUAGAACUUGGCGUCAAAGAUGUCUCCGACUCAGUUGUGACAGCUCCUCCUCUGGAUCUGACGACAACACUGCAACAUGAGGCUGAGCAAAAUAGGCAUAACAGUGAGCCAUGUAUCCUUCAGAAAUGCUUGUCGGAAGGUUUUUAUAAGAAACAGCAGGAUUAUCAAUGCUCAGCAAUACCAGAUGAGAAGUUGGCGUUAGUAGUUUACAAUGAAAACCAGCAGAAGUGGGGUCCCUGUUUCAAGUUCUACACGCGAAAGAACAUACUAAGUCCUUGUUAGAGCUGACAUAGCAUCCCAUGCCCACAGGCCUUAACACUGACGUGACCGACUGAUCUAGUAGGAUGCAGAGUUCAUAUAAUAGUUAUGAAGGAAGAUUUUUUGGUGUUCUUUUUGUAUGAAGCUGGCAAUGAAAAGUUCUAAGUUAACAUAACUUUGAAGUCUGACGGGGGUGGUGUAAAAUCUGAGUUUUGAUGUAUAGAAGAAAGUGGAGAUAUGUUUUUUGUACAGAAUGAAACUUGGUUUUUGGAUCAAAGUUUCUUCUUGUAAAGGGGGGUGAAAAUGGUUGUAACAAAGGCUUUUAUGUUCAAAGAAAAAGGAAGGUUUAAAAGGAAA